GAAUGCGAGAACCUUCCAGUUAUCCCAGAAAUGAGUCAUAUAUAUCAGCUCCGUCUACCCUUCGCAUUUGCUUGUGCUCUGCUCUGCUAUCGACACUUCAGUCCUUGUCGUGAUCGAAGGAAAAUCGUAGCCAUGGGGAAGAAUUACCCGACUGUGAGCGAGGAAUACCGGAAGGCAGUCGACAAAUGCAAGAAGAAGCUUAGAGGACUUAUCGCCGAGAAACAUUGUGCUCCUAUUAUGCUCCGAUUGGCAUGGCAUUCGGCCGGUACCUUCGAUGUUGGGACGAAGACAGGAGGGCCGUUUGGGACGAUAAGACACCCGGAUGAGCUUGCCCACGAAGCAAACAACGGUCUCGAUAUUGCCGUAAGGCUUUUGGAGCCGAUCAAGGAGCAGUUCCCCAUUUUGUCUUACGCAGACUUGUACCAGUUGGCUGGAGUUGUUGCUGUUGAAGUUACGGGAGGGCCCGAGAUUCCUUUCCAUCCCGGGAGACCGGACAAAACUGAACCACCCCCGGAAGGUCGUUUACCUGAUGCUACUAAAGGUUCGGAUCAUCUGAGGGAUAUCUUUGGUCACAUGGGUCUCACUGAUAAAGAUAUAGUUGCUUUAUCUGGUGCUCACACCUUGGGAAGAUGUCACAAGGAGCGCUCUGGGUUUGAGGGACCUUGGACUAUCAACCCUCUAAUUUUUGAUAACUCCUACUUCAAGGAGCUACUAAGUGGAGACAAAGAAGGUCUGAUCCAGUUGCCAUCAGAUAAGGCUCUUUUGGAGGAUCCAGUCUUCCGUCCUCUUGUUGAAAAAUAUGCUGCUGACGAGGAUGCCUUCUUUGCAGAUUAUGCAGUAGCUCAUUUGAAGCUCUCGGAGCUUGGAUUCGCUGAUGCUGAAUAUAAAUGAUUUAGAGAAGCGAAACGUGGCUGUUGUCAGGUGCCUGGUCUGGAGGACUAGACAAACUAAAUGGUGGGAGUUUGUGUGCUUUGGUUUCUGGCUAUGUUAUUGUCUUUUCUCUUGGUGUACUGUCUGUAAUAUAAUUGCUUCACAAAAAGCAGCUAUCGAUGGUGUUUGGUGUUUGCAUCGGUUUGUAUAUCUUCUUUGUAUGUAACCAUUAUGAGUCACUAGCCAAGCUAUGUGAUUGCUUGUUGACUGGCCAUCAGAAUAUAAAUAGUGAACCUUGUCCUCUGGUUUGAUCCUA